AUGGGGUGGAGCCGGAUGCCCAUGAUGAGCUCCGUCGGAUUCUUCUGGGGCUUCUACUGCUGGGGCUGGGAGUUCCUCACGGCCCUCCUCGUCUUCUCCGGUUGA